AUGGGGAUUUUCAAGACUGAACAGCAGUUAACGUUCAGGUUUCUAAAAUCUCCUUUCUUUUCUCCAGUGACGGAGAGCCGAGGAAUCUUGGAGAGCAUACAGAGGUUCUCCUUGCUGCCAACGUACCUGCCCGUGAGUUACCACAUCCACAACACAGACGUCUCCUUCUUUCUCAAAGAAGCCAACCAGGAUAUCAUGAGGAACUCUAGCCUUCAGUCCCGGGUCGAGUCCUUCCUAAUCUAUAAAUCGAAGAGGCCGCCUAUACUAAACGCUACCUACGGACCUUUUUCCAUUGAGCAAGUGGUUCCUCAGGACCUGUUGUCUCCUUCAAACCCCUUUGGAUCUACCACCCCCAAGUUUUCCUUCAGCUGGAAGCUGAAGGCGUACAUCAUGAACAACAAAAUCUACCCGAGUAGACCCAAAGUCCAGGUUUUGUUCUAUAUCGUCGGGAGGGACUGGGAUGAUUACAGCGUGAGCGAAAGGCUGCCCUGCUUACGGGUCUUCGCUUUUCGAGAAACGAGGGAGGUCCGAGGCAGCUGUCGGCUGAAAGGAGAUCUGGGAUUGUGUGUGGCGGGGCUGGAACUUCUUCCCAGCUGGUUCAACCCGCCCACGGUGGUUGCUGGCCGCAAGAAGCUACUGAAUCCGUUGGAAGGGAGUCCGGUGGAACUCUACUACGCCAUCCAACAGGGAGAUGACAAAGGGGAUUGUGCUAAGGAGGACCAGAGGAAAAACAACGGGAUCAGACCUGGGCGCAAUGAUAUCGACGAAUCAGGGCCACCCUUGCAGAGGAUUGGGACCGUUUUCCUUUACCAGACUCCUGGCAGCCCUUCCUUGAGUGAAAUGCGGCUGGAUAGUAACAUCGCAGUCCUGUAUAUGCCAAAGUCCGUGAAACAAGGGGAUGUGUUGACCUUUCUAGUGACUAUUGCUAAGAACUCGACCGAGGACCAGUUCACAUUAAGGGCAAAGGUGAAGAAAGGCGUGAACGUUUUCAGCAUCCGGGCCAGCAAUCCAUACAUGUGGGAUGUCCAAAAGAGCGUGGAUUAUUUAGGGAAAUAUGCGCCAGCCGUCAUCUUUUGUCGAAGGAAAUCCGCUCCCCCUGGAAAGAGCGGGAAUGCUCCCCCUUCUGAGAUCCUGCAAAUCGAUUUUGAAAUCGAAGAACUGAGCGACCUGCCGGAGACGCAGCUUAUUACGUGGCAAGUUGAAUAUCCGGGAGAUAGAACAUCUGACCUGGGUAUCUCCAAGAUCUACAUAAGCCAGAAAGAGUUGGUUGGUGUACUUCCAAUGGCUAUGGAAGCUGAGAUCCUGAACACGGCAAUUCUCAAUGGGAAGACAGUCGCUGUUCCUGUCAAAGUGGUCACGGUAGAAGAGGAUGGAACUGUCAUGGAUCUGUUAGAUUCGGUGGAGUGCAGAUCUUCUGAUGAAGAUGUGAUUAAGGUCUCGGACAGAUGCGACUAUGUUUUCGUCAAUGGGAAAGAAAUGAAAGGGAAAGUGAACGUCAUCCUUCAUUUCACAUACCAGCAUCUGAGUGCCCCGCUAGAGAUAACCGUGUGGGUGCCCCGUCUUCCACUCCAGAUAGAGGUUUCAGACACAGAAUUAAACCAGAUCAAGGGGUGGAGGAUUCCCAUUGUCUCUAAUAAGAGACCAGCUAGAGACAGCGAUGACGAAGAGGAGGACGAGCGGAAGGGAAGAGGCUGCACCCUCCAGUACCAACACGCCCUGGUGCGAGUCCUCACGCAGUUUGUAGCCGAACCCUCCGACCAUGGCGGCCAGACAGCUUACUUGUUGGGUUCCGACUGGCAGGUGGACAUCACCGAGCUGGUAAGAGAUUUCAUGCAAGUGGAAGAGCCGAGAAUUGCAAAGCUUCAGGAUGGACAGAUGUUGGUCGGACAGGAGCUGGGAAUGACAACUAUCCAGAUUUUGUCACCUCUCUCCGACGCCAUCUUGGCUGAGAAGACUGUGACCGUUCUGGACGAGAAGGUGACAAUUACUGACCUGGGAGUCCAGUUGGUGACGGGCCUUUCGCUCUCCCUGCAGCUGAGCCCUGGAAGCAACAAGGCCAUCUUUGCCACCGCAGUCGCCCAGGAAAUCCUUCAGACCCCAAAACAGGAAGCAGCUAUUAGUUGCUGGGUCCAGUUCAGCGAUGGAGCCGUCAUGCCCUUGGACAUGUAUGACACCAAAGACUUCUCCUUGGUGGCAACAUCUCUCGAUGAGAAGGUGGUCUCCGUUCACCACAGCCCCAAAUUCAAAUGGCCCCUCAUAGUUGCCGAGUCAGAAGGUCAGGGGCCAUUGGUGAGAGUAGAGAUGGUGAUCAGCGAAUCGUGCCAGAAGUCCAAAAGGAAGAGCGUUAUGGCUGUGGGGACUGGAAAUAUCAAGGUCAACUUUGGGCAGAACGACGCUAAUCCCAAUACCAGCGACAGCAAGCAUGGUGGAGCAGGCGUGCACCUGGAAAACCAUACGAGCGAUAGGCGUCAGAAGACAACUCUGAAGGAGAGAUCUCGGGAAGAUGGGCCAUACUAUAGUUCUUCAAUGGGCCACGAGGAAACCAGAGGGGCUACCACUCAGAAGUCCAUCCUGAGCAAAAAAGAGGACCGAGAAAGCCUCCUGGAUGACGAGAGCCAUAUGCAAAACAUCCCAAUAGACUUCACCAGCUUGCCAGCCCAGGUGGACCUGCCUAGGAGCAAUGGAGACAUGGAAGAGAAUGACCUUCUGGAGACUCCCAGGGGCCUAAGUGACUUGGAGAUUGGGAUGUACGCUUUGUUGGGAGUCUUCUGCCUCGCUAUUUUAGUCUUCCUUAUUAACUGUGUCACCUUUGCCUUGAAAUACAGGCACAAGCAGGCUCCCUUUGAAGAGCAAGAGGGCCUGAGCCAUUCUCACGACUGGGUGGGGCUGAGUAACAGGACAGAGCUGCUCGAGAACCACCUCAAUUUUGCCGCCCAGCCGGAGGAGUGCAUCACGGCCAUCGACCGAGGCCUGGACCUGGAGGAGAGCAAAUACCUCCUCGACGCCAGCUCCCAAAAGAACCUCAACGGGCAAGUCUUCCGGUCCUCCGAUUCUGCCCCGUUCCCGGAAGGGAAGGAGCAGAAGAGCGAGCCGGCCGCCUCACCGACCUCCAAGCGGAAACGAGUCAAGUUCACCACCUUUACCACCAUCUCUUCCGAUGGGGAGUGCCCCACCGUCAACUCCAUCUUGACGAGCAGCGAGGACGAUAUCAAGUGGGUUUGCCAGGACAUGGAUCUGGGAGAGUGCAAAGAGCUAAGGAACUAUAUGGAGAGGUUACACGAAAACGCAUAACG